CAAGACUCUUCCACUAGAAUGGCCAUAUGUGUAUAUAUCUGUCGGUGGAAUGAGAAUUCCCCUCACAGUACCAGUGAUUGAGUUAUUAUGAAAUCUAGUAGAAACCGAGUCUGAUUCAAUCAGUUUCUGCCUCCCUUCUCUUCGUUCUUUUGUAAAAUAUUUGGUCCUCUAUCUGCUCCAUGCUGUUUAGUAAGGCUUAGUUCAUGCAUACGUACACCUGGACUAGACUGGAGUUUGAUAUAUAAUUCUCUGACUUUCAGUUUGAUCACUAUUUAGCACUCCAGAGGAUACAUCUUUCAUUAAAAUCCGGACAACAUGAACGACCGGCCAGCCAAUGAUGCAGUGGCAAUUGAGCUACGUAUUAUCGAAGAAGAUGGAGUAAAAAGGACAACAGUCGUGGAAAAGCUCACAGCAGAAACUCAUAAGGCCAAGAAUUGGUGGAACACAAUCUUUAUUAUAUCAUGUGCAUUUGCUGUCUUCAAUGAUCCUAUCUUCUGUUAUAUCAUGGCCAUUGACAACGAAAAUAAGUGCUACACGUUGAACAAGAAUUUGGCGAUGAAUUAUGUUUAUGCUCGAACAGCCACAGAUGUUUUUUACCUACUGGACUUUUUUAUUUCUAAGUGUGGAUGUUGUUGCUGUAGAGGGAGGAGAUCAUGCAAGUCAUGCGCUACUAAUACUUUAUCCAUUCUGUCUCGCAUCUUCGUUUCUCUUCCCAUUGCACAGAUAUAUGCCGCAGGGGGGAUGAAUGCAGAUCUAGAUCCUUUUACUAGUAAAUAUCUUUUUAUCACUUCGCUUCAAUAUACAUUACGCAUUUACUACAUUCACGAUUGGUUGAAGCGACGUCCUAUCAUAGACAUAAACCGAGUUGAAAGAUGGGUUAGACCUAUAUUGGGUUUUGUUCCCUUCAUCCUUGCUUCUCAUCUAUUUGGAGCCUUCUGGUACCUUCUUGCUACUCGGAGACAGCUUCACUGUUGGGAAUUGAUGAGACAUAAUAUCACCUAUUCCGAUCCAGAUACUGGUAUACAAUAUACUGGUAUGGUAUAUGUGCGUAGCUGUGCAUCGAAUCCUAACGAAACCUAUCCUAACGGGACUAAUAUCUCGCUUUGGGAUGACUUAUGCCCUGUGAAAGAAGCUGAUCCAAAGGCCUUCGACUUUGGAAUAUAUUUUUAUGCUCUGCAAUCUGAUGUGGUUAGUCCAUCACAUCCUCUCUUACAAAGAGUAUUCCAAUCUUUUUGGUGGGCUCUACGAAAUCUGAGUUCUUUUGGUUCAAAUCUAUUGAGCGGUAUGAAUACGUUGGAAAUCUUUUUUUCUGUUUUGAUAUCUACAACAGGCAUGGCGUUGUUUUUAGUAUAUCUCAAUGCAAGGGUGCAGGAGUCGAAAGACAGGUCAAAUAAGCUUAUGUUGAAAGAGAAGAAGCAAUUGAUGAAACCAUAUGUCGAUCUGUGGUUAUCUAAAUACUACCUCUCUAAGGAUAAGGAAACAGAGGUGACCAGAAAGAAAAAAGAAAAUUUAAAGAUAGUGAUCAUGGAAAACAUACACAAACUCAAAGAAAACAGUGAUCUUGAUGUGCAAAAUAUCCUUGGUAUUCUUCCCAGAAAAGACAAACAAAGCAUCAUGUUAGCUUCAUUAGAGAAGGUGUCAGUGUUUCAAACCGUAAAUGAAAAGGUGCUAAAAGCAAUUUGUCAACGUCUUGUGCCACUGACCUAUACUGAAGAUAGCUAUAUUGUCCAAGAGGGGAAACCACUUGGGAAGAUGCUCCUAUUCAUUCAAGGCACCGCAGUCACCUACUCUCAUGGUGAAACCAGCAGUGAUUCCUCAAGCAACAAGUGUCUUGAAAAAGGGGACUUUUAUGGCGAUGAACUCCUAAAUUGGGCAUUCAAAUCUCCCUCUUUCUCUGAUUUACCUAUCUCGAGGACGAAUGUCAUUGCCCAAGAAAAAGUUGAAGCAUUUGCUAUUAGAGCCAAAGACUUGAAGAGUAUUUGCUUUAAAUUCUGGUGGUCUUUUAGCAGAGAAGUAAAUGCUUCUCAAUUGAAGCAGCAUUUGGCAGCUUCUUCCAUACAAGCAAUCUGGCGCCAUCGUCGAGCAAGAAUCCGCUUGGCAGCUUGUUACGUAAAACCAAGCAGUUGGCUCCGUCGUCGUGCAAAGACUAUAGGCCUAACUCACUGGAACAGAUUUGUUGUAGAUUAAUGCAAACAUUAGCUUUUUGGGUUGAAGUACAAUAAAUAUUUUAUUUCGAGUUGAGUUUAACUAUUUGUAUAAUUUUUGUUUCUUUUUGUUUAAUAACUAUUUGUAUAAUAAAGGGAUAAUGAUAAAAAAGGUCAUUUGGAAGUGUCA